UUGCGCGUUUAGUGAGACUGGGAAGUGGAAGAUCGAAAUCAAUGAAAUGCUAAUAAGAGUUGUUUAUUGUCGUGUUUAUACGCGUUCAUGAUGUAAGAAUACGUCGUAAGUAUACAGCAAAAACUAACGGAACGAAGGGAUUGUUUUGAGUACGUUAUAUGGACGUUGGCGAUGUACAGUAUCGAUUGUUAUGGAAUCUAAACCGGUUCCUGCGAAACUCCUGAACGCCGCUCCUCCAUACGGACAUAUAAUCACUCAUGAGAAAUGGAGAGGAUCCACACUCGUUCAAAGUCUCAAAGGGAGUGUGAAGACGAUCUUUGAGGAGGAGCUGGGUGUCGUGGACUUCUGCCUCAGUAAUAAAGCAUGUGUCCUUUAUGUAUCAGAAAGCGAUUUGGUGGCAGGAAACGGCUACAGGAGGAAGAUUGUCCGAUUUAGAAAUGCUAACAGUGGACUGCAAGGCAUUGUGAUUGUGGAAAAGACUCAUUUGAGUGAGCAGUACUUCAGCGGAUUGCAGAAGUUUGUGGUUUUGGAGCUGGGUCUGACUCUGCUGCCUGUGUCCACUGCUGCUGAAGCGGCGCAGCUCAUAGCACAGCUGGUUCUUGGAGAGAACAAGGAGAACCCGUUCCGCAGGAAAAGCGUGUCCAGACUGCUGGAGCCGGUGGUGUUGAAUCUGGUUCAGCAGAUUCCUGGCGUUGGAAAGGUGAAGGCCAUGCAGCUCCUCCAGAGAUUCCCCAGUAUCCAUCAGCUCUGUGGAGCUUCAGUCCAUGAACUGGAGCCCAUAGUAGGACAGGCCACAGCCCAGCAUAUCACAGCAUUCUUCCAGAAGCAGUGUACAUAGAAAUACAUGAUAACAAAUAAGGAAGUGAGCAGCAUCUGAGCACUUUUUGAACCAUCCUUUGGAUGCUAUUGUGCUAACAUUCUCAGUAUUUUCAAUUUCUAUGAAACCACUUACUACUUCAUAAAAUAUGUCAAUGCUAUUGUAAUAUUGAAUUAUGCCACACAUUAUGUCAAUUUCUGCAAUGAACUGUGGGACUUUCAACAAAAAGACAAAAGGUGGCGCUAAAGACUCAAUUGCAUGCAGUGUUUGGUAAUUAUUAUGUUCCUUGUAAUUUAUUUAUUUAUUUAUUUACUUACCUUUCUGAGUUACACAAACCAAAAAAGAAAUAAAUACUAUGGGUAAUUUCCAGAAACAUGGUAUAUUAAUAAAGAAUGUGUUUUCAUAAAAAAUAAAAAAAUACAAAAAAAUAAAUUAACCAAUUAGUGGCAUUGACCAUCGAUACUAUUUUGCAAUAAAGUAUAGAUUUACUUUCUUGCAAGAUGCUAAAAAUACAAAAUUCAAUAUGAAAUUAGAAUAUGUAAAACAGCAUUUUUACUUUUGAUCUCAGAGUUUUAAACUGGGACAGUUUCAUUCACACUCAUAAUUUUUUAAACAUAGCCAAACUGUUAAAUGAAUAAUUUAACCAGCCAACUGGUAUGUAUUGUUGUUGUACAGUGAAAUGUUACUGUAAAUGUAACUUUAAUGUACAGUUUUUGAAAAUCAUUUUUCUUAGAUUUUUGUUUUGUUUUUUUGUCAG